UUCACUAUAUCUGGUCUCCCACAGUGCACACAACAUGGAAAUGCAAUUAGUUUAGGUAAAUAUAAACUGCUAAAUACCUUUUUCUCAUCAGAGUUGGAGCUUGUGACUUCAGCAGAGCACUGGUUAAAUCUUCUAGGAGGAGUUUUCUUUCUGCUCAAGGAGGAUGUGAAACCUCUGACCCUCUGUCUGGACAGUGCUGAUUGGCCCUGUGCUGAUCACAUGCACCCUCCCAAGAAAAAAAAAAAACCUCUCUAGCAAUACACACCAAACUGAGCAUGUGCAUGUGACCAUGGGUUCAGUCUGUAUCAGGAGAUAAGAGGGGGAUACUGGAAGAAAGGGAGGAUCAGAGAAGACAGGAUCAAACAGCAUUUUUACACAAUGCAGAGGAUUAACCCCUUAAGUUCCACAGUGAGUAUAUCAAGCAUGCUAAACUGCAUAUACAGACUGAUUUUACUCUUGUGGGUUUAG